AUGCGGACCAGCGGCGACCCACUUCCUUUGACUUCGAAGGGGGUGAACGGCACGGAUUUGGUGCUGGACCUAAAGCUGAGCGAGGGCGGCUUCAUUAGGCAGGGCUCUACCCUGAACGCAGAUGACGACACCAGCUCUGCGCUGACAUACCACUCCUACUGCGAUGCCAUGCUGGGAGGUGAAGGGGAGGAGAAGGAAACCAUUAGCGCGGAGAUCGCCAAGCUGGGAGGGGCAGAGGGCAAGCAGACGGUGCGGAUAGCUUUCAAGUCGAAGUGCCUGCGAACGCAAAACGCCUGGCAGCGCCAGCUUUUGGCUCAGCAGCGGGCGCUGCUGGAUGUGGUGGCGGGCAAGCUGAAGGCUGCAGAGAAGACCCUCAAAGCGGAUGAGGAGGUGAAGGAGGAGGAGCGAGAACUCCUUCGGGGCUUCCGCAAGAUUGUCCGGCGCGAGCAAGGUGCGGAGGACGUGCAAGCUCCGGUGGAGAUCUUCGUAGUGGAGAAGGCGCAAAAGCUGAGGGCCGAGACGGAAGAGCUUUGCCGCAUCUUGUCGUACCCCUGCCAGAGCUACAACAGCUUUUCCACCGCCAUGGAAGCUGUGGCUCAGGCGUCCCAGAGCACUGUGCAGCGGGUGGUGUCCAUGAUGUCCCGGAACUCGGGGAAGAGCACAGAUUUGCUGGAUGGGCGACCAGGAGGCUCACUCCCGGACUGGCGUUGUCGUGCCUUAUGCACCACUGGGCGCAAUGCGGGCAAUGUCAUGCUUGAGACGCCCACGCAGAUCGUCCUCUUGGGUAUGGCCUGGCUGUCGCGAGGGCUACCUUCGGAGUGGCAGCAGCAGGGCGUCUACGUCGUGUUGAUCACCGAGGCAGGGGACUUCGAAGACGUCGGCCGGCAGCUGCUGGCCUCCGGGGAGGCGGAGAUGCGCGAGAAGCUGCGCGCCCGAGGCAUCUGCGAUUAUUUGAUCCACCCGCUGUCACUGGACAGCUUGUCCACAGUGAUAUCACAAGCGCAAGAGCGGCGACUCGAAGAGUACCUGCUGCUGGAUAUUCUUGGCAGAGGUGCGACCGCGUGUGUCCACAAGGCGAAGCGGUUGAGGGACAACGAGACGCUCGCUCUGAAGGAGAUCAAUAUGCGGCGCCUGCGGAAGUUUGCCACGGAGGGGAUCGAUCGGGAGCUGAGGCUUCUCCGGGAGCUGAGCUGGCCCACGGUCGUCUUCACGCUAGAUACCUGGGAGAACGAGAAAGAGAAGUUGCGGUAUGUGGUGAUGCCGGUGCUGGAGACGGCGGUAGCUUGCUCCAAAGGAUCGAGGCUGCCCGUGAAGGCAAAGGUGCAGAAGGGGAAGAAGUCCAAUAUUCUGUGGACCGAGUGGCCGACUGGUAUGUACAGACCUUCCACGGACUCUCGUAUUUGCAUUGGCGCGGGGUGA